UAUAAGUGAUGAUGAUGUAUCACCACCAUUCGAGGAAGUCCCGUUAGAUUUAACAAAUAUAUCAAAAGACUGGCUUGAUGGAAGCCGUGGUUUUUGUUCCAUUGAAUGUUCUGUUCAUCUUGAACAAUUGGUCUGUGAAACUAAAAGAGAUGUCUUUAACAAAGAUGGUGCUCAGAACAUAAUGCAAAUACAUAGUGCUAUGGAGCCAAAAGCGCAAAAGAGAGAUGGGAAUAACGAAGAUCAAAAUUUUAAUAUAUGGUAUUGUAACAAUCCUUGUUUUUGCGGGUUUGAUAGUGAAGAUAUGAUGGAUGCAAAGCAAAUUGUUAAAUAUACAGAUGCAAAGAGUCAUAGGAAACAAAAAGAAAGUGGUCGAAUGUUUUUGACUUAUCAAAAUAUACAGAAAACUUAUUGA